AUGCUUCGACGUCCACCUGAAUUACCACGUUCAGUUAAUGAUCGUCUCAAUCGAUUGGCAACAUCAGUAUUUACACCUAGGGAUCCAAAUGAUUUGAAACGUGGAAAUAAUCUUGUUUCUAAAGAAGCUCGAAUUGAAAUUGAUUAUUCAUCAAGUUUACCAUUGCAAAUGUUAUUAUAUUUUAAUAUUUGUUUUUUUCCUUGUUGGCUUUUUUCAUUAACUUUCGUUUUACCUGUAUUAUCAAUGUUACCCAAUGCAAAUGAUCAUAAGAUUUUGAUGAUAUUUGCAUUUAUUUUUAAAACAAUUAUUGAAUUUAUUAGAUUAUAUUUGGGUUAUACAGGAAAUUUAGCUGAACGAAUGCCUGAGUUAACAGCAUUUUGUUUACUAACAAUUAUAUUUCAAAUACCAUUAAGUAUAUUUUUACUUAUCUAUCCAUUAAUUCAAAAUAUUGAAAUGCCACUUAUUUUUGCUGUUGAAAUUAUAUAUAUAGCAUUUAUUGUAUUAGAAGGAGCAUUUGGUAUUUAUGCUGUACGUAUUAUGGUUGCAGCACAAUCAAGUCGUUUUCAUUAUCGACAAUUUGAAGAAAUUCAAUCAAUUAGUAAUAGUCGACCACCAUCUGGAUAA